UCCAUGGAAAUAAGCCUACAUUUAAAACGUUAAUGCUGAAGCACAUUCUUUUAUGAUUAAAAAUGUCACAGAUCUUAUUAUGAUAGAUGUUCAAUGCCGUGCUCUGUUCUCCUGAUCCUGUGAUAAGUAGCUACAAAAUAAUCCGCAUUUCACUGCAUGUGCAAAACCUUGAUAUCAAGCGAGGACGUCGCUAAUAUAUCGCGUUUAUGGAUGCCGAUGAAGUGAAGGAGAGCAGCCCGGGGGCUGAUUUAUGGAGGCAGAUCGGCCCGGCCGACGAGCUUUCCGGGAAAAGGUGCCGCCUGAUAUAUUCGUCUCUCGGCGGCCACUUGGAUAUUUGUCUUUUCCAUGUGAAAGGCGAGUUUUUCGCGAUGGAUGCCCGCUGCGCGCACUCGGGGGGACCGUUGUGUGACGGUGAUAUAGAGGAUGCUGAUGGUAUUCUACGGGUUUACUGUCCCUGGCAUGAUUAUGACUUUAACAUUCGUACUGGGACGUCACAGACUGGAUUGCAGGUUACUUCACAGCAACAGGUGCACCUUGUCAAAGUGGAGGACAGCAUGGUGUACGUGCAGCACCCGGCCUUACUCUCCCUGCAGAGCUUCUCACCAGGCAGGAAGAGCUGACAUCCAAACCGGAAUCCCUGCACGCUGUGCUUGGAGAUGGAGUCGUGCAUCUGCUCAAAUCUGAACUGUUUCGUAAGAUUAGUAAAUCCUACCUGAGGCUAUUCUGUCAUUACCUGUGACCCCCCCCCCCCCCCCACAAGCCUUUUCCACUUGAAUCUGCCCAUGUGACUCAUGCUUUUACCAUGGCGAUUGUCUGACGGGGAAAUUACCUCAUCCUCACCAUUACCCCCCCCCCCCCACUCCAGUCUAUAAAUGUCCAGGCAUUAGUUGCCCAUGGCAACAAACAGAAGAUUAGGUUCACGGUUUGGUCUUCUAAUUGAUAAAAUGGUUGGGUACUCGGGGGAGGAAGGGGGCACGAAUGAGGUCUUGCUUUUUUACUACUUAGAGAAGCAGUAGUGAGUAAUGCUUUCCCCUGAAGCCAUUCAUUGUUUAAUCAGGGGAUUAGCACAUGCAUUGUGCAGUGCUGUAGCGGAGAGUUCAAGAUUGAGGGGAAUGCAGCUUAAUAAUUUAAGUACAACAGUAUGUUUA